AUGGCUCUUCUUUUAAUUACACAUCUUUACUUUCAGCAAUCUACCUUGAAUCAUGGUUUUCCAGGCAUUCCAGGGUCAAAUGGCAUGCCGGGAAUGCCGGUCAUGCCUGGGCCGCAAGGACCCCAGGGAAGAGAAGGUCCAAAAGGACAAAUUGGUGAUAAGGGAUCACAAGGAGUGCAGGGUCCAAGAGGAGACAGAGGGCGCGAAGGGCCUCACGGGAAGAGCGGACCACCAGGAAUUAUGGGAAUAAAAGGUGAAUCGGGGCUUGUGGGAAUGAAAGGAGAGCCAGGCAUUGUGGGAAUUCAAGGAAGAAAAGGAGACAAAGGAGAGAAAGGAGAAAGCGCCAAAGCAAGUCAAGCAAGUGUAGUACCACAAACCAACUGGAAACAAUGUGUGUGGAAAUCAUACAGCGGUAUUGAUAACGGAAAGAUUAAGGUAAACAAGAAACGCGCUAAAAGCUAAACACGAAUUAUUCACAAGUAUAACAGACGAUCAUCAUAGGUGGAAAGAGUUUUUUCUGAGAUAAACCGUUUAAAGCACAGCUAUGACCCCAACCGCAAUUCCCUUAGCCUUUAUCCCCAAUAGACCUCUCUCCGGCUGGCAUUAAUAUUUUUGUUAUUUAGCAUUAUUAGAGUUCCGGACAUUUAAAUCGUGUUUUUUUGUUUUGUUGUUUUUGUUUGUUUGUUUGUUUUUUUUUUUACCAGGACUGUGCUUUUAACAAGUUGAAGACGUAUUCAGCACUCAAAGUCUCAUUCCAGGGAAACAUGAGGGUCCUAGGUGAUGAUAAGUGUAACCGGUGGUAUUUCAAGUUCAAUGGAAACGAAUGCAGUGGACCAAUGACGAUUGAGGCUGCUGUUUACAACAACUGGUCAUCUGGGAACCCCAAUCUGCUGCAUCAUCGGUCAUUUGAGGGGUACUGUGAAAACAUCCCACAAGGGGCGGUCAGAGUGGAAUUAUGGGUAGGGCAGUGUAGUGGCGAAACCCUGGGUGAUGCUUACACAGGGUGGAAAUCAGUGUCCCGAAUAAUGAUUGAAGAGGUAUCUAGGCCCCAGUCCUAA